CCAAAAUGGGAAGGAGCCCUAGUCGCAAAUUGAAAGGCUGCCUUCCAACGGCUCUCCUUCACAGCUACCUCCCUCCUCGCAGCCCCGCUGCUUCUUCUUUCCUCCACAGCGACGCUCCCGCACAUUGUUGCUUCUCUCUCGCCCUUGUACAGCCGCCCUAUUGUUGGGAAUAGCCCAUAGCUUCUCAAUUUGUGCCGCCUCGCCUCUCUCCCACAGUCUUCUGGUUAGAGUAGCGUCCGUAAGUAGUGUUUUUUACUCAAGUUUUGUUUUCUCGUUUGAAUUUUUUUUGGGUUUCCUCAUCGUGAGAUGUGUGCUGUUUUCGACUUUAUUAUCGUGCCUUAGCUUAUGUUUUCUUCCGUCUCGAAGCUGUAGUUACGUCUUACACGUCUUUCGUGGAGGGCAAUGGUCUGCUGUCUUCGAAGCACCUCGCUCAAUGUCUCUAAAACGUCAAGCCCCUCAGUCCUGUGGAAUGAAACUCUUCUAGCGACCCCAGUGUAGUGUGACAGAGGGCUGGUGAGGACGAGGAUUCCAAGAAUGUCGUCUUGCUUAUGCAGGUAAGGAGCUUAUCCUCCAGACAUCGACUAGAGGAUCCAUGCACCUAUCAUCUGGAAUUUGAAAUCCACUUUCUUACAGUGUCCUCUACAUUGCGGCCUUCACGGUGACCGCUGGAGUGUGCCCACAUACUCCCUUAAAACAGAGCCGUCGGGUGCGAUGACAACGAUGAUGUCCCCGAAGCCGAGGGAGAAGAGGCCGUCUGGCAAUGUAGGGGGUAAUACACCCACGGGUAAGGCCAGGUCUAUGCAACCUUUUCUGGACAGGCAGGCUUCGCGUACUGGAAGUCAUCCUGUCGAAGUAGUAGGGCGGAUUCGUGAGCACCCGGAAGGUAAUGACAAGGAAAGUGCUAUUCGGGUUCUUCCACAUUCUCGCGUCGCAGUUCGUGCAGAGGGAAUGGGAAACGGCUGCCGCGAGUUCUCCCUCGACGGCGUGUCUCUGGCGGCCAUGGAGAAUCUGCAGGCGUUCUACGGCCGAUACGUAGAAUCUCGGGUUGAGGACGUAAAAGCUGGUGGAAGAUGCACAAUCAUGAUGUAUGGGCCAACGGGUGCUGGAAAGAGCUACACCAUGUUUGGGGCUGCCCACGAGAAAGGUGUUGCCUAUCACGCCUUGUCUCAGCUCAUGACUCACGAAGCCUCUGACGGUGGCGACGAUUUCUCUGACAAAAGCAUUGAGGUCCGGGCAACCGUGUGGGAGAUCUACAACGAGGAAAUCUACGAUUUGCUAGCAAGUGUUAGUGCCCCGAAAUCAGGCUUUGGGACUUUGUUCAAGAUGAGCGGAAGUAGCAGCGGACGGGUGAAGCUGGAGGUUAUGGGGAAGAAAGUGAAGACAUGUAUGUCGAUAUCUGGCACUGAUCCUCAGAAGCUCCUGAAAGAGAUCUCGAAAGUAGAGGGACGGCGCGUCGUGAAAAGCACGAACUGUAACGACCGAAGCUCCCGCAGCCAUUGCAUGGUCACGCUUGAUGUACCUGACGUGGGCGGCAAGCUGGUCCUUGUGGACAUGGCUGGCUCCGAGAACGUAGAACAAGCAGGUUUAGGAAGAGAACUUAAGAUGCAGACAGGAAAGAUUAACCAAGGCAACGGAGCUCUCAAGAGAGUCGUUGAGGCCAUCGCGAAUGGAGAUUCGUACAUCCCCUAUCGUGACAGCAAACUUACUAUGCUUCUACAGGAUUCAUUCGAGGAUGACAGAGCCAAGAUCCUGAUGAUUUUAUGUGCAAGUCCCGACCUCCGGGACCUCCACAAAACUAUAUGCACCUUGGAGUACGGGGCGAAAGCCAAGUGCAUCGUACGCCUGCCCAACUCUCCUGGCAAAGAUCAGAUAACUGCGACAAGGGCUGAGCAACUUCAAGUCCUAGAGGCCCGCCUGACCAAGAAGGAUGCUUAUAUUGAGGCUCUACGAAAGCAGAAUGAGCUGAAGAGCAAGGAGAACGAAGAGAGGGAAAAAGAGUUAGAACGGAAGGAUAGAGAGCUGGCAGAUCUUAAAGAGAAGGCAAAGAUGUGGAACUCUGAGAGAGAACCACAGAAGAAAAGGAAAAGUCUUCAUGAUGGUGAGGCCGAGGAUUUAAACAGUUCGCCUACCAGGAAGCGUAAAAUUGAGGAGCUGACUUCUCUUGUCUUACAACAGCAAAGAGAGAUAGAUUUGAUGAGGGUACGGGCUGAGAAAGCUGAAGCAGAACUUCUGCACCUGCAACGAUCAUACAACCUCAACAACAAUGCCCGUCCUGGUAACACCCGUGGUGAGAAGUCGGAUGCCAAAGAGGGAGCUGGUCCUGAGAGUAUGGAUAAGCGCAUGCCAUCUUUCAAUCAAAGUCCAGGUGCCACCAACCAGCGGUUUCAAGACAUCCAGAAGCACAUUAAUGAUCGCAUUCAUGCAACGCAAGCUGAGUGUGAUCGUAUCAAAGCCCAGUUUAUCCCUGAGCAGGCAGUCGGAGAAAGGAAUGGACAACGAAACCCUCACAGUGACCUCCAAGCCAAGCCUGGUCCCAACAGCAGCAUGAAUGAUAGUUUCAGGCAUGAUCGUGAUAGUGGCAGUUCUUCCCCAUCUGAGGUCAUGAGUCUUACUGCAAAUUCCCCCAGCCUACUGCUUCUGAAAAAUCUUGUAAAAGAAAAGGAAAGACGAUUGUCUCUGGGAACUGAAGAAGCAACCCAAAGCCAGUCGCCGAGUGAUGCUGUAAACCCAUCAGUUCAGCCGAGGAAAGACAUUGAGUCCGAAGAGUGGAUGGGUGAGCGACUAUGCAGUAAAGGAUGGCUGCCUAUAAUUCUGGAAGAGGACGAGCGAAUUGCGCAGUCUUUAGAAAGCAGGAAAUCUGUGACGCCUCCACAAGGAUCUUCUGCAAAAGACUACUCCACCUUGUGGUCUCAGGUGACCCCAGAUAACACAAUCGCAUCCAAGGAAGAGGCCGAGGGUGGGGACUCCAUUCCGUCCCUGACAUUCCCAUCCCCUGAAGAACAAUUCAACACAGCCAUGGCGAGCUAUCCCAGCAACAGCGGCCUUGGUGGCAGCCCAUUGUUUCCUUGGGGAGAUUCCCGGGCGAAAAAUGACCCAUCACCGAUUGAUAACUUCGCUGGGGUCAAGUUGUGUACAGCAUCAUCUGAGUUUGUGUUUGGAGUAUCCAAAGAGUGGGCGCUGGAGGAAGAUCAACAUGACAACCGUCUGGCUGCUCCUUCACUUAGGACGCACAGUCCACUCACAGCACUUGCUGAACCAGCCCAAAAUUCCCUGAAGAAUCGAGCCGAUCUCGAUGAUCCGGUCAGCUCCAUGAGGUCACUCGAUGAGAGCGCAGGUGAAGAAUAUUCUGAAGUCUCCCCGGCUGAGACAGAGCUCCUGAAUUUGGGCACGGACCUAUUUGACGGUGGUCAGUCAGGCGGAAGUGAUGCAGAAGCUGCCAGGAGAGCUAGAAUCGAAACAAUCUUUAUGCUUUGUGGAGAAAGACGAGAACUUGCCAGAAAGACUGUGAGCCCGUUUUCAAAGGAAUCGGAAGACACUGUACGUGAUGUACCAUCUGGAAGAUACAGCCCCACGUCCAGCUCGUAUGGGUCUCAACAGUUCGCGGAAAACCAGCUGGAUCAAUCCAUCUCCGACUUCUCCACGUCACCUAGCUACUCCGAGGCUAUGUACAAUACCGAUGUCAGCGUGAGCUCGUUGCCUUCCCUAAUGCCUGCGGUAUCUCCACAAAGAUUUCCCUCCUCCAGAAGGCCAACGCGUCGGAUGUCCGCCAGUAUAUUUGCAAACGAGAACGCUCAACCAAAGCAGGAAGGUGAGAAGACAGAUGUGUAUGUGAAAUGGGAGAAGGCAAGCGAUCCGGCUGACGGGAAGCUUAUUUGCGUUGUGAACGUCCCCAAAACUUCGAGUCUUUUAGAACUUCGUGAGGAGGUUGAGGCUCACAUUCCUGUGUCCUUAAGGAACUUCAAGUUUCUCUUCCUCGGGGAAACUGGAGGAGCCCCUGUGGACCGGGAAUUUGAGAGUGAUGUCCGUGUUGGAUCGUUGCCAGCCUCCCAAGAAAACUACGGUAGCCGGCUUGCAUGUCUCCGUCCUCCAUCGACUGAGAGCCUUUUCGUCGCUCCAAGAGUUGAGUCGGCACCCUUCAGGUCGCUUGAGAACCAGCUUGGUGCCUCUGAUGAAGAGACAACUGUUGCCAUGGGUAAGCUGAAAGGAAUUCCUUUGACUUCUCACGGACGAGCUGGCUCUCCAUUGGGACACGCCAAGGGAGCCAGAUCCAGUAAUGGGGAGACAGUGAGACCCAAGUCAGGCCUUGCACACAUUGUCAACUCUACUCGCUGCAUCUAAACAUUUCUAAAUUUAAUGAGCUAGUUCUAUUACGCCGACUUGCCAUCUGCUAGGGCAUUGAUCUCUCUUCAAUCCUAAAGCGCCUACUCAAUUGCUCAUCUCUCCAUCUGAGAUGACCCGAUUCUGUAUAAAAGCCUUUUGUACGUCGUUGCUUCAUAAUCGCCAUCCGGUAAUAUCCUUGACAAGCUUGCCUCUCGAAGUUCUAACAUUAUCAAGCCAUCACUUCUGCCAAGCUCCCAGCCUAGAGAGAUAUCGAGAGGCAAACUGCUAAUGUAAUUUAGUGUAUCCUAAUACUUGAGUACAAAUGUUCCCCUUUUUCUGCAGAGCCCUGCUACUGUAACCGGCUGUUCUACUGAUACAAAAUUAAUACUAAAUUUAUCUGACAUACCAUUCUUGAUGCA